CAGGGUGUUGAACAAGACGAUGAAUCCUGUAGCUACGCUUUUGACACAGAUUUUUAUACCUCCGCCGCCGGCGUCGCAUCAAUUCAAGGCGGAACUGUGGAAGGACGUACCCCUCAUAUUUGCUGAUGCUUUUAUCGUCCAAGCAGCUUGUUGUUGAAGAUUUCAGUCCCCAGAAACGGCGUCCUGUACGGUGUUUUGGCGGUGAUAUUCGAUGCGAAGGUGCGGGCUGUGGCUAUGGAGGCCCUCGCAUGGCUGAAACCGACAGAAUUCAGCUGUCUCCCAAGGACUCUUCGUAUCUUGUGAUUGACAACUGGACCUGCCAGCGCCGUGGCCAAUCCUUCUUCAUCUCCGGUUCCAUGGAAGAAAAAGACCGCGUCCCACUCAAAGCCGGCAUCAAACACCAUAUCCUCGUCGAGUUCUGCAACGUCCGUGCCCCAGCAGACGGUGAUGAAGAUGAGAUGGUGAUGGACAGUAACCUUGGUGUUCGACUCGGAGGUGCAGAAGUCAUCGAUUAGGAUGUAAAGAUGGUGGAGGCGGUGGAGAUUGCCAAGAAGGCUGAUGUUGUUCUUGCUAUUGUGGGUUUGAAUGCGGAUUGGGAGACGGAGGGGUAUGAUCGGAAGAUGUUGGGGUUUCCUGGACGGACGGAGGAGUUGAUUGAGAAGGUGCUUGCGAUUGUGUGGUUAUGCUAGGGUUCGUCGAUAACACUUCCGUGGGCUGAUUCAGUCACUGCUAUCCUUCAUUCGUGGUACUUGGGUG